CUGCCGCCACGUGCGCUGCCCCAUCUGCUCCCUUCUCUCUCCGACACCGUUUGCUCCAACUCCCAGAUGAAAAUGCCUUAUCAGAGACCCCUCCCCGCACCGAGGGCAGCAGGGCAAGAAGUUUCUCUCAGGGCUGAGCUUCGCUCCGAGGAUCCGGAGCCCCCAAGCACUCCGUGGGUUCACAAGAGAGCCCCUGGCGCCUGCCCUCUCUCUCCUCUCUCCAUCCUCUUCACCUCCCUCUCCCCCCGGGGCAGCGGGACGGGCACGGCGGUGGGGGAACGACCACUCCAUCCACACACCAACAAGGGACUUUUGGUGACUGAUGUGCUGUCGGUACAGCCCCCUCCGGCGCGGGGGGGAGGCGUGGGGGCGCUGGCAGGGGAGCAGCAUCUCCCAAAAACCCCCCUUGCAAAGCCCCCGCUCCUCCGAGGCGUUCUGUGUAUAUUGUGUUCUUGUGUAUAUGGGUCAAAGAUGUACAAUAUAAGUCUUCUGUUUGUAGCAGAUAAUGAUUUUAUAUUUAUAACGUGCACCCCUUGUUCUCCCCAUCCUCUGCACACCUGGGAAGGUCGCCUGGGUGCCACGGCGUUGGGCUUUGGACCCCUCCAGAGGUGGGGACCAUUUCAGAGCCACCAGUAUUUCUGCCCCAGGGUGUUUUUGCAGUGUUGGAUCUGCCAGGAAGAGGAUUUGGGUUUGGAAAGGCCAAGGGAGCUCCCAGCAGGAAGCAGGGGAGAGCUGUGUCGAGGUAAAACAGGGUAUCGGGGGCUCGUCGGCUGCUGGCACGUGCCCCUCCGGGCGCUGCGGGACUCUCCGGGGAGGAACGACCCCGGAUCCAGCACUGGCCGCCCCCGGCGCUCCCCGGCCCUGCGGACGCGUCCUCCCGGCCCACGGCGGCCUCCUCGCCGUCUGCUUUUAAAUCAAACCAGUUGCGAAUGUUUUAAUGGGCUGUUUAAUUCCCGUGGGCAGGCGCUGUCUGCCCCAAGGGCUGGAUGCGGGAGGGCCUGAGGGGGACGGACGGCUCCAGGCCCCCCCGGGGCUCUCCCGGCGUUCCCGCGGGGGUCUCGGCAGGGUGUGGAGGUUCCUCAUCCCUCCGCUUGCCGUUGCUGUUCCUGGUGGGAAAAGGCAGCGGGGCUGGGGCCAAGCAUGUGAAAGGCUGAGCCUUGUUGCCAAUAAAACUCCAAACAGUGUCUCAAGAAAUCGUUUUCCUUACCUGGAAUUGUUUUUCUCAGGCAUUUGGAUUUUUACUUUUAUUUCUGCGUGUGCCUUUCGUUGUUUUCGCCAAGAGACA